AUGUUGGAUUAUCUCACACCACUUGCUCAAUUCCCUCCAAACCUCAUUGUCACUCUUUUGGAAUCACCUCAUACUACAACUAUAAAAAUUUCUACGCAUCCCAUCAGGAUGUACUCUACAAUGAUAAAAAGAGUCAUCAUUAUCACCUUUAUGGGCAUAGGUCUAGUCGAAGAUAUCACUGGGUCUCCUUUGACUGCGAAAAUACAGCACAGUACAGGAAAUAUGGCUGAGCUGAAAUCCAGGGGCACCUCAGCCGUAGGUGCGACUGUCCUGGCAACGGUGUUUGGUAAUGCGUUAGGCGGCAUCCUUUCCCCAAAAUUUGUAGAGUUGGGAAAGAAGCACGCGGAAAAUGCCGAGAAAAAAAAGAACAAGAGUCAGGAGAGUCUAGAUGAAGACAAUCCUAGGCCAAAAAAGAGUAAAUCGAAAGAAGAAUCUAGCUCGAGUGUUGAGCCCACCUCGCGGAAAGAGGACAAGGAGAUUGCUGAAGCUGAUAACCUCUCGAGCAAAGAUAGCGUCACAUCAGGAGUCGCGAAAGCUAAACCUCUACGAAGGCGUAAUGGCGCAAAAAUUAGAUCACUUAGACGAAGACGCCUCAAUAGUUCUAAAGUUUUAAAAGGCAGUAGCACUGCUGUUGGGACUGUAGGUACUACUGCCCUAGGUGCUGCUGUGUUUAACUACUUUUUUGCCAAGAAAGAAGCCGAGAACCAAAUCAAAACAGAUAAAGAAGCUAAAAAGAAAUCUAAAGAAGACGACACUAGUAAAAGUGGCUCUGAUGAUUCACCAAAAGAUAAACCGUCAGAGAAAACAAAAGAUGAUUCGACAGUAAAUACAAAGAGCGAGCCUAGUGGGCAGGUCACCGCUGACAAGCCUAGAACUGAGCUAGGCCAAGACGAUAAGCAAAAACUGGCAGGUCCUCUCUAA